AUGUUGGAAUAAAUGGAAAAAUAUUUAAGUAUGUAUAUUUGCCAACAGGAUAAAAAAAUAUCUUCAUAUGAAAUUUUUGAUUGGAAGAACAAAUUCUAUUACAAAUCUAACCUGAUUUUUAGAAUAUUUGUAUUAGAUGGGGAUAUGAAUUCUAUUUAAAUCUAGAUAAUUCAUAUUGCACUAUUACAAGCAGACAAUUUGAUACAUCAAAAGAUGAAGACCAAGAGUUUGCAAAUAAUUAUACUAAUAUACAUCAAAUUUAUUUUGAUAAAUCCACUCAGAGUUAUAAUCUUGAUGAUUUGAUUAACUUUUGAUAAUUCAGCACCUCUUGAAACUGUGCUUCAGCUGCAGUUUUAUUGCAAUUCAAUUAAUGUACCAAUUUAUAGUAAUUCCUUUCCAUUUGAAUUGGUUUCCUACCAUUCAAAUUAUAAUCUUAGAAUUAAUAUUAAAACUUUUGAUUGCCAAUUUGGAGAAAUAAAAAAUUUAACAAAUCUUUCAUGCGAAAAGUGCGAUUUUAGCAAAGGAUUAUAUACACUAACAUUAAACUCUGAAAGAUGUGACAUUAAAGAUGAUUUAACCAUUAUAAAUGUCUAAAAUAAUUAAUUGGUGUUAAGAGCAGGGUUUUGGAGACCAUAUUUCGAUACAAAAGCAAUUGAUUUCUGCCUUAACCUACAAGAAAACUGUUUAGGAGGAAUAUCUUAAGGAGAUAGAGAAUAUUUAUAAAAUUUGACUCUAGUUCUUGUUUUAUAGGUCAUAUUGGUGCACUUUGUGAAUAAUGUGAUUUAUAUCACACCAGAGGAGAUGGAUAAUAUUCAAUAGUCAAAAGGUUUUCAUGCGGGCUAUGUGUUGAGAGGGAAAGAAACAUCCUGCUAAUUUUUGGAAUCAUUAAAGUUAAUUUGUGAAUUGUGAUGAUAUUUUAACCCUUAUUUUUCUUCUAAUUUAAGUGUAAGGAAAUAUAAAAACAAUUGAGUAAUAUACAAAAUACUUACCACUUAAAAUCUUAAGAAAUUCAAUAUAUAUGAGCAAGAAUUAAUCUGGAACCUUGAUUAAGAUGUUGACAAACUAUUUCUAGAUAAUUGUUUCAAUCACUACCUUUUAAUUACAAUUUUCAGUGGGAUUGAAUUAUACUUUAAACGCUGUUGGAAAUCCUCUUUAAACCUCUUCCUAUUCUCUUGAUUGCUUCUUAGGCGAUCUCAGAGAAUUGCAAAUAAAUUUACAAUAUAUUAGAAUAAUUUGGUAGAUAACAUUACCCGUUUUAUAUAUUUCCCUUUUCAUAGGCUGCUAUUUUUUUGCAACUCUAAUAAGGAAGACAAAAUUCAAUCAAAGUGUUGCCACAACAACUUCAAUCUAUAUCUACAACUCAAAAUUCAUAAUUAAGUUCUUUUAUACAUCAAUUAAAUUUUGA